CCACCUCUGAGGGAAAGAGUAUCGCAAGCACAGACUCGAAUUCACCUGUGUCCGUGCCAAUGUCGUACCGAUUCGAUAGGCUCCAAUUAGACCCACCGUAGUGAUGCAGCCGCGAAUCUUCGCAAUGUUCCAGUUUACCGAAGGUGUCGCGUUGUGACGCUUGUGGGUAACGAGUGAAAGAUGUCAGGCUUUAGCGAUGCGAUGGAUCCUGGGUCGUGAGCAGGUUGGACGCGUUGGAGGUUUGGAGAAUCGCUGGUGUUUGGGGCAGUUGGGUCACCUUGUGUUCAAUUUGUCAAGGACUUCGUGGCGAGAUCCUGUUUGUGUGAAUGUAUGUCAAGAGCCGCUUUCGUUGCCACUGCAUUUUUUACAUAUACGCCAGUAGGUUCCUUAGAGCCCAUCAAUUGGGGCACUUUCUGAAGCUUUAGCGGGACUUGCACUGUAUGUUGCGUGGUCAUUCACCUCUUCGAUGCCUGGUCGACGGCAUCUGUCUGUCUGUACGAAUUUCGGCUCGGAUAUUGAAUGGCCCACGGGCACACCUUGUUUUAGGUUCGACUUGAUGCAAUCCGCAUUUGAUGCUCCACCGGACACGGUCGUAGGCGGGAGUUGUUGGGUACGUACAGUAUUUCCCAAGGGGAGGAUUUGAGCAAAUGUCGAUGUUUAUUUUUCUUUAGAAGGAGUUGGAAUUUCUGUGUUGGGUAACUGCAAGCUCAACGUGCCCACGUAUCAUCGGUCACGACACUGCGCUGGUCUAGACAGGAGGUUUGGCAGCGGGUUAAAACAGUGACGCUUCUGAAGGAACUGACAGGAUCAAGGAAAUAGAAAUUCCUGCCAUGGCUAUUACUCAACCAGAAGAAGAUAUUGAACCUACAGGAACGAAGACGAAAUGGCAAAGAUUCAAGUCCAAAUACUUUCGGAUGAAAAUGCUCAUAUGGUGGACAUUACUGGGAGUAGCGCUCGGCAUCAUCUUGGGGGCUGCUCUCUACUCAGUCCAUCCGUCCUCAGUUGUCAUAACACUCAUAGGUUUUUUUGGGAGGAACUAAUCUAUUACAGAAUGGCAGGCUAUCCUGGAGAGCUGCUGAUCCGGGCACUUCAGGAACUGGUCCUACCUCUCAUGGUGUUUGCUUUGAUGAGCGGUGUAUUCAAUCUACGGCACUCUGGAAGCGGAACUGGACGCAUAAUUCGGUGGUCUCUGCUGUACUACUUACUUUCUAUGAUACUGGCAGUUAUCUUGGGCAUUGCCCUUGUGUUCAUCAUCCGGCCUGGUCGAAGUCGUCCCUUCGCUGCGAAUAACUUCGCCAACUGCAACUCUAACGUUACGGCCACGGGAGCCACACGUGCGGACAAGUCAGCAGUAGAUUCAUUGCUCAACAUUGGACGUGACAUCAUCCCCACCAACAUCGUUGCUGCAGCGGCAGCCCCCAACUUCUUGGGAGUCAUCACGUUCGCGAUUGUUUUCGCAGCUGGUCUCAUCACAUUCGGGCAACGAGCUGAGCCUUUAAUUCAAAUACUUGAAAUGUGCAACGAAGUCUUCAUGAAAAUCAUCUACGCAGUGAUUGCGUGCACACCGAUUGGAGUGGCAUCGUUGCUGGCAAGCACCAUCCUGAAAUCAUGCAGCAUCAUAAGCCUGCUCAAAGCUCUGGCACUCUACGUUGCUACAGUGUUAGGCGGCUUUUUGAUUCAUUCCUUCGUGCUUCUACCCCUCACUUUGAUUGUUUUGUCGCAGAACAAUCCCAUAAAGGUCAUAAGAUCGUUUCUGCCCGCGAUCUUCGUCGGUGUGGGAACAUCUUCAAGUGCGGCUACCAUGCCAGUGACCAUGAAAUGUGGAGAGGAUUAUGGUUGUGUCCCCAGCAUAGUGCGCUUCGUGGUCCCAAUGGGCACCAACGUUAACCGUGAUGGAGCAGCCCUAUACGAAGCCGUGUCGGUGAUUUUCAUCGUUCAGGCACACGGAUUAACUCUCUCAGUCGGCAAUGUGAUAGUAGUGGCCUUAACUGCAACACUGGCAGCCAUUGGAUCAGCCUCCAUUCCUAAUUCUGCUCUUGUUUCUAUGAUUACUGUGCUCCAGGCACUUUCCCUACAAGAAUAUAUCCCCGAUGUAGCAGUGUUAUACUCAGUGGACUGGCUGCUGGGCAUGAUUCGAACUGCAACCAAUAUCUGGGGCGAUGCCUGUGCUUGUGUGGUGGUGGACACCUGGGCUCGACGCCAUGCCAAGAAGAAUGGCACUUUGCCAAUCAAAAAUCCUGAACCGCCAGCAGAACAGGAGAUGGCAAUGGGCGUAGAUUCAAGUAAGAAAGACGAGGUCAUCUAACGCACCCAUCUGUAAAAUUACAAAAGAGUAUCUCCGGCAGUCCCACAACAUUUUCGUUGUACUACCAACGGACCCUUUCAACUUCAUGAACAUAGGCUGGCAUAUCCAGAAAGUCUCAGAAACUUCACAAAAAAACCAUUUAGUGAACUGCACGAACCAAAGCAGUAAGUGGAGUGAAAUGUGAGAACAAUUCAUGUAGGCUCCAGAAUAAUGCCUUGAUGUAAGGGGUCCAUCGUGCAACUGAUGGAGAAUGGUAUUUAGAAUUUGAGUUUUUUUUUUUUUU